AUUAAUGCUCGUAGCAAAGAAUUUAAAAUAAAAAUAUAGCAAAAUAACACACGAAUGAGCAAAUAGAGAAAGCAUAAUGGCAUUCGAAAAUGAUGUUAUUGAAACUUUAUGCUUACUAGAGAGAUUCUUUCCACCAUCAUUUUUUGAUGUCAUGAUUCACUUAGGGGUUCAUAUCGGAUGAGAAGCACGACUAUGUGGACCAAUCCAAUUUCGAUGGAUGUAUCCAUUUGAGAGGUGAAUCACUAAAAUUUAAUUGUUUUGUUUAUUGUUAUUAGUUUACGUGGACAUUAUAUUAAUGGUGAGCAAUUUUGUGAUUAAUAGACGCAUGAAGAUAUUGAAAGAUUAUGUCAGAAAUCGAGCAAGGCCUGAAGGUUGUAUUGCGGAGUGUUAUCUUGUAGAUGAGUGUGUGAGCUUUUGUAAUGAAUUCACCGACCAUUCAAUUGAACUAAACACAAAAGAAGGUCGAAAUGAAGAGUGGUCAAAUGAUGUGAUACUUGAAGGUUGGUCCAAUUUCUAAGAAGAAAGAAAUUAUAUUGACAGAUGAGUUGUUAGAAAUUGCACAUCGAUACAUUCUGUUAAAUACAUCUGUUGUGGAGCCUUUUCUAGAGUAAGUGUGUGAUAUUAUAAAUUAUUAUUUUUUAUACUAAAAAUGUAGUAAUACUAACUCAUUGGUCCUAUAAAUUAGGAUUCACCUAUAUUAUCAAUGGUCAAAGAUUGUAUAUACAUGACAUUGAGAAGUCCACACAGAAUAGUGGUGUCUCAAUUGAAGCAACAACUAUGUGUAGAUCUAGUGCCAAAGAUGUAUCUCAAGUUCCUAAUUUAGUUUCAUACUAUGGGGUUAUAAGGGAGAUAAUCUUGUUAGAUUACUAUAUAGUUUAGAUUCCAAUUUUCAAAUGUGAUUGGGCAAAUGCCCCUAAUGGUGUUAGGAUGGAGGAUAGUCUUACUUUAGUUAAUCUACACCAAAGGCAAUGGUCUGUUGGUAGAGACCCUUUUAUUUUAGCCUCACAAGCUAAAUAGGUCUUCUACUCAAGAGAACAUGAUUCUUCCAAUUGGUAUGUGGUGAUUAGGGCACCCCCUAGAGGUUUUUAUGACAUGGAAAAUUAUGAUGAGAAGGAAUUCAUUCCUAUAAUGUUUGAAGUUACUGAAUCAAGGUUACAUAAUGUAGUAGAAGAAGAUCAAUAUGUUAGAGAUGAUUGUGAGGGUAUAUUAGUUUGAUUAUUGUUGUGUUUUUUUGUAAAUUGUAGAAGAUGUUGCACUUGACACUUAGAAUUUUUAUUUCUUUGCUGCCAAGAAUGAUUAUUUAUUUCUUUCUUUUUGACUUUUAUUACAAGUUUUUUUUUUGUGAUAGUUGAUAAUAUGUUGCUGUUAUAUAUGAUGAUCUUUUGUGACUUAUCAAAAUUCAUACUAAUUAUAGAAACGGUUGAUAAAAAACUAGUCAAAGAAUUUGCCAAGUACAAGAUAUGACACCUCCAUCUACAAAAGGAAAGAGACCAAAGCACAUACCUACAGGAAAAUUAGUUAAACUCCUCAAUGAAAAGAGGAAGAGCUUUAGACUAAAUUUGGAAAUGGAUAAGGUUGUUGAAGAGAGAUAUACUAAGGAUGUGUCUCCAAAGGAAAAUACACGACGUAGAAUGAUUGUAAGAGAUGACUCUUUUGAUGAAGAAGUACCCAUCUCCCCUGUGACAAGGAGAUCUCUUAGAAAUCUAUUUGAGGUUGAACAAGCAAUAGACUCUCAUGAAAAAAAUAGUGAGACCACCUACUAAUAGUCCUUCAAAGAAAAUGAUAAAAACAAAACCAAUACUUGAAACUCAUACAAAUGACCAUGCCAUCUCACCAACAGCAACAAGAAAAUCACAGUGCCUACAAAUCCCAGAAAACCUAAAUGAAAUAAUUGUUGAAAACUUGCCAGAUGAAUAAGAACUACCUGAAGAAGUUAUUGCACCUAUUACCCAAAAGAGAACUAUAGGCCCUAGUAAAAUGAAGUCUAUUGCAAUAGACAGUGAUGGUCGUUUGGAAGUUAAGUUUAACUCAAAGGGACAACAAAUAGGUGCAACAUCAAUAUCUUUGUCUUCAUUUUUGGGUGCACUUGUUAGAGAAAUUGUACCAGUAACGAUAAAAGAUUGGAGGAAGAUUCCUCUAGGAAUGAAAGAGGUAUUAUGGAAAUCUAUUCAGGUAUAUAUUUUAAUCAUUAUAAAUAUAUUAUUUCAAUUUAUGAACAUGAAAUUUGUUGAAAUUCAUUUACAUUAAUACUAACCUAUUAUUAUUUUUACUAGGCAAGAUAUAAGGUUGACAAAGAUUGGCAAAAUAGCUAUAUAUUCAAAAGUAUGGCAGAUCUUUGGAGAGCUUCAAAAUCAAGGCUAGUUACUAAAAUAACAAAGGCACCAAAUGAAAAAGCAAGAUUGAAACUAAAGCCUGAUAAUAUUAAAUCCAUGAAUGAGUGGAAAAGUUUUGUUAAGGAAAAAAAUAGUGCUGAGUUUAAGGUAUUUUAUUCUCAACAUCUUAUAACCAAAUAUAUUUAUGAUUGAAAUUUAUAGUUUAAUGUCUCUAUUAACUUUAUAUUCUUAGGCUACAAGUGAGAAAUACAGACAAAGCAACUACCCCACACUUGUAGUCGUAAAGGUUAUGCAAGAUUGAUUGAUGAAUUGAUGAACCAUAGUGAAACCAAAACAUCGCCUUGUAGAGUUGAUGUUUGGACCAAAGCACAUAAGAAGAAAAAUGGCGAACCAGUAAAUUCAGAAGUGGCUGAAACUUUUGAUUUAGUUGAAGAAUAUAAGAAAGAUCCUGCUAUGUCUUCAACUACAAGUGUUAAUGAAGACAUCCUCACAAAAGUCCUUGGUCUUGAAAAAAAUACAUACAUGAGAGCUUUUGGAAGAGGAGUUACUCGGUCAAAGUUGCAAAUUGUGUCAAAAAGAGAUGACCAUCUGAUGAUGAUAGAAGGUCAAUGCAAAGAUUUGAAAGACAAAAUGCAACACAUGGAGCAACUCAUUGUUUCUUUAAUGAAAAAUCAAAAUACAUCUACUCAGAGUGAGGAGCAAUCAAAUGCCAAUGUUCAAUCAAAUUCUUAUAUUCAUUCCACUCAGAGUGUCAAGAACCACACAUUUGGCUCCAAAUGCAAAAUAUUAGAUUGGAUUGGAUCUGGAGAAAUUAUUGCAGAAGGUUAUUUUAUUUCAAGUGACCCAAAGGAUGAGGUUCACCAUGUUCCUCUUGGGCCUAGUGCUAUGAAAGUGGGGAUAGAUCUUGUGAGAAAGAAUGAUGCAUUUCUGUGGAGGUCUUUAACAGUUAUGUCUACUAUAGAAGAUGCUAUAGGUAGUAUAAUUUCAUGGCCAACUGAUAAAGUUAUAAUUAGGUAAUUAACUUUUUUUAUGUACUCUUUUAGUUUACUAUAACUUUAAGUUGAAGCAUUAAUUAUUUAAAUUUUGUUGUAGCUAAGCAAAUGGACUCACUGUUAGAAUAUUUUAUAUGGACUAACAUAAUUAAGUGUUGCUCACACAAUAUCGGUAUUAGCAUGUAAUGAUAACUACAUAAUCGGUAAUGCAUGAUAUUACCAUCGGGCCAUAAUGGGAUGGACAUAACGUACUAACAUGCUCGGGGCCCAUGGACACGCUCUAAAACGUCUUUGGUCAGCCCAUUGGGCCAAGACAACUAAUUCUCUCACAUUGGGCAUGUAAGCCCAAUUGGCCCAUAAUUCCUUAUAUAAAGGGUUGCGCUCUUGAUUGAUGAUUAAGGUGGAAUGAGUGUGGCUAUGGUUUAGAGAGAAUGAUAGAGUAGUGCUCAUUACUCCCAAGCUCUCAUUUUCUCUAUAUGUGUAGAUCAAAGAAGUGUAAUCAACAUGAUUAUUAGAGAUCAAUGCGAUAAUUGAAGGUACGUAUAUUAUUAUAUUAAUGCCCUAAAUAAAAUGUUUGAUUAUGGAAAUUCAUGAGCAUGAUUUAAAGGUAAUGACAUUAACUCGUACUUUCAACAAAUCGGUUAAAUAUAUAGAAGAUUUUAGCCGGUAUUAUAUCCAGAAAAUACUAAUUAAAAUACUUAAUUAAUUUUUUUUGAAGAAAAUAACUCUUAAUUUUCCUUUUAUUUUUCUUAAGGUUUUAAUAUCUAAAACCGUUUUAAGAAAAUAGCUUAAUUUAUCUUAAUUAGGAAAACCAUUAAAAAUUUCCCAUCUUGACUGGUUGAUUUUCCGAAAUCAAUUAAUCAAGUUUACUUACUAGAAGAAUAAUUUACUUAAUUAUUUUAUCAAAAUAUAGGGUUUUAAACCUUCUUUUAAUUUAUUAACUUAUAAAUACAUUAAAUUUUUUAUUUUUAAAAAGAAUAAAAAAAUUCUUUAAUAAAAAUAAUUCACACUAAACUCAAAGUGGUAUUUUAGGUCAAAAUAUGUUUUCAAGACUUACCAAGUAUUUAUCUUGCAAUAAGCAAACUUUCACUUUUUACCUUAAGUUCCAAAAUCUCAUUUUUAUACUAAGUGUGAAAACUAUAUUUUUUACAUUUUUAACUACAUACAUUAUUAGUUCAUAACUUGAAAUUUACUAACCCAAUUGUUACCAAAAUUUCCCAAUUCGAUUUUUGGUAUGCCAUUUAGGUCUUUGUAAAAUCUUAGGUCAAAAAGAGCAUUUUUUAUUGGUGAAAUUAUUUUCCAACAAUGAGGUAAAAAUGACCUUAUUUUCAAGUUCUUAUUUUUUUUCCAAACUUUGACACUUAAUAACUUUCAAGCUGUUCAAUAUUUUCUUACCAAAUUUUACAGUAGAAUACUAGGUUAUGCCAAUAAUAUGUCCACCAAAGUUUAGAAAAAACUGGGUUCGUUUGCCCUAUAUAAUGACUGUCCAAAUUUGGUCCCAAAAUUAAGAAUACGAAAAAAAAACAGUUUUUUUACCUAAACAUUGAAAUAGCAUAACUCACUCAUUUUUAAAUAUUUUUGAGUGUUUCAAAAGCUCAAUUUUAUGUACUCAAUCUCAAAAACAUCACAGUAUAAUUAAAUUUUAUAAAAUCAAUAUACUGUGGAUGCUUGACCCCUUGGAAGUCACAACUCAAAACAUGUAUUUUGUUUUAGGGUUUCCAACAAAACCCUUGUGGGUUUUGGUCCAUAUUUUAAAAAAUCAGCACACAAGCAUCAUAAAAAUUAUAAAACAUCUAUCAUAACCUUAUUACAUCACCAAUAAGAAACUUUAAGCAUUAAAUAUACAAAAUAAUACUUAAAAAUAAAAGCCAUACAAUAACAACCAUAAAAAAUAAAC